CUUCCCCACUUGGAGCGCCCCGUGCGCCGAUCGGCCUGGAACCCUGUGCUGGCGCCAUGGCGCCCAAGGCGGCCAAGGCUAAGGCGGCCAAGGCCGGUGCGAAGGCAGGCGCCAAGGCGGCAGCCAAAGUGGCGGCCUCGCCACCUCCUGCGCCCCCGCUGGAGAAGCUGUCGGUCUUCGAUGCAGAGACCAAUUUGAAUUUCAUUGAAGAUGAGGAUUGGGCUGCCCUUGCUUCUGCAGAGGAGGGCUCAACGCAGCUAACGGUGAUGAAGGCAGUGUUGCUGCUUUUAGGUGAGGAGACUUGGCGUCCAGAGAUCGCGCGGGAGGCGCUGGAGAAGCCGGAUCAGCUGCUGAAGGAGAUCAAAGCCUUAGGGCCAUUGGGCGCCAGCGAGGCCAACCUCAAACAGGCCGCCUCUGGCCUGGAAGCGUGUGACCUGGGAGCUCUCGCGGCCAAGGCGAAAGCUGCUCCUGGCGCUCCAGCUGCGGUGGCUUUAGCACAGCUCGUGGAGGCCUAUGCUGCGGAGCGCAGUGGCACCGCACGCACGAGGCAGCGCUUCGCCAUGGGCAUUGAAACGGUGGCUUUUCAACAAUUGCAUCGCAACCUACAGCAGGCCCUACAUGCUCGACAACACGUGUCCUGGCUUUGAAGCCACCUGCCGCGACUGGGUUUGACCCGGUCGUAGGAGGUGAGGGCCUGGC